ACUACAAAAAAAAUUCGACCCACAUUUUUUUCAAAUUACAAUAUAAUUUAUCUGUGAUUACUUACCAUUUGUAUAUCAACAUACGAUUUAAUUAUUCGGACCUAUUCGUUUAGCUUGGAUCACUCAAGUGACUCACACCACAUCACACGCCAUACACUGUACACGCUACAAACCAUCCGUUGACGAUAUUCCGAUAAUCCCUCAAACCCCUCAAAAGUCGCGCGCGCGCAUACACAAAUACACGCGCUACGCAGAGGCCAGGGUGACUCUACCGCCAUUGCCGUCAUCCAGUCCAAGGCAACAAAAUAAGGGGGAAACAAAAAAAAAUAUAAUCUCGUCGCUGUCCUCAAACGCCUGGCUUCUUCACCUACUGCUUCAACAGGUAAAUCGCGUACUGUGAUCCAGUAACGCGACAAAUAAUUCGACAGACUACCGAAAAAAUAAAUAAAUAAAAGAGAACAACAAAAUGCCAUUCACCGAUUCUCCAUCAAGUUCGCCCAUCUCCUUUUACAAGCGAUCUCCCGGGUCUUCGCCAGUAGAUUCGCUCGUCGAUCUUACUCCGCGGCCAUCGUCAACAAGUUCGCAGCGCUCUUGCGCACACCCGUCGUGGCCCCGACGCAGCUCGCUCUCGGAGGUACCCUCCAGUGAGCCCAGCGCGUACAUUUCAGACGCAGAUCUGUUUCCAGACGUCUUCGACACGGAUGCCGAGCCUUCUUCCCCAAGAACAUCCAGCGGCAUGAUUGACGUCAACGUGCUUGCGCUCAACCCGCUUCCGUGGUGCUCCGGUCAACAACAGCAACAGCCGGAGAAGAAGCGCCGACGGAGCUCGAGCUCUCGCAAGCAUCGCAGACCUUCCAAGCCCAUGACUCCCAUUUCGGAGAUCCCAGAACACGAUAUGAUUCAUGGCGAAUCGCAGAAUAGAGAAAAGAAAAGACUCAUGCUCUUCCGCACAAGACAGUACGGCAAAGCACAGCGUGAUGUCGCUCAUAUCACGAGCCUCGCCGCUGUCGCCGGCAUCAGGAUGGACGCCACAGAUGGCAGCCACUAA